AUGGCAGCUCCGAUGUUCGAUGAUGAUCUUUUCGACUUUGGUCACGAGGCCGAGUACGACGACACCUUCGAGCGCGGAAGCGCCGAGAGCGCUGGCCAAGACGACAGCGCCUUGACAGGCGCCGGCGCGGCCGACGACGUGCCCAGUCAGGGCAGUGGACGACGACGAAAGCGUGGGGUAUGCGGUGGCACAGGCUCUUCGGCCACUGAACAUAAGUGGCGCUCAGGAGCAGUUCCGCAAGCCCCGGAGUUUGAUGGCGACGUGGAGAGAGAUCCCUACUGCUUGAGGCAUUACCGCCGACGGCUUCUUCGAUGGGUCAAGAUCACCAAGGAGUUCCUCCCGCCGAACGAGCAGGCUCUUCGCGCCUUGGAGAAGCUUACGGGCGAGGCAGAGCUUGAGUUUGAGGAGGUUUCCGAUGAUCGGUUCGAUCAUCCUGACGGAGUCUCCCGACUGUUGGGAGACUUGGAGAAGGCCUUCGGCGAGAGGGAAAUUUUCAGACAAGGGGGUGUCAUCAGGGAGUUUGAGUCGAUUGGGAGAAUGCAGGGGGAGUCCAUCACGGCGUUUAUUCGCCGUUUCAGGCUCCUCGAGAGAAAGUUGUCCGAGAACAAGGUCCCGGAGUACCCCGAGCAGGCCAGGGUGAUUAAGUUGUUGGACGGGUUACGCUUGGACGAGAAGGCCACUGCUUCGAUACUUUUGGCAGCUGGCAACCGCUACGAAAUGAAGAGCGUGCUUGAGGCCCUCCGCAUACAGUAUCCUCCUGGCAUGAGCAUAACGGGUCUCCCCAAGGGUUUGUCAUCGUUAUCUUCGCGCUCUACCACUACGAGAUCCUCUACCUCCCGGGUAUCUACAUACAAGUCUUCUGCCACUCACGGGAAUCGCCGGAACCCGAGAUCGCAGUCCAGCGGACGGUGGACUCAGUGGCACACUGAGUGGGACGGCGAGGAUGAGACCGUGGACCAAGGCGGGGACUACGAGCCCGAAGAGGAGAACCAGGGCGAGGAUUUCGAGUACGAGCCCAAUCACGAAGAAGAGGGCAACGAGGAUGACGAUGAAGAGUUGAUCCGCGAGGAGGCCGGCGACUCGCAGCCGACCGAGGAGGUGCCUGAGGAUAUGUCCGCGCUCCUGGCGGCGGCUGAGGCACUGACGGUCACGUCCAAGAAGCUUGCCGGUUUGGUGCAAAGUCGGGGAUUUUAUGUUCAGGGCAAAGGCAAAGGCAAGUCGCCGGGCAAGUCGGGCGGCAAGAAGGGCGGCAAGUCCAAAGGAAAGGGAUCGCCGUCCGGAAAGGGUCAUCCCAAGGGCAAGGCGAGCGGCAAGAAGGGCAAGCCUGGAGGUGCUGGUGGAGCCGCCGGAGCUGAUCGCCAGAACAGGCUGAAAGGAUCCUUGUGCCUUGGAUGCGGGGCAAGUGACCACUGGAUCAGGGAUUGCCCGCAUGUGACCCGGCAGACUUGGAACUGGACGCUGAAGGUGCUCCAAACGAGCUGGAUGGUGAGCUCGCAGCCUGCCCCUACGGAGCAAAACGUGAGAGUGUUCAGAGUGCCGAGACCCCCGUCGAUAAUGUUGAGCACUUGCGAAGACGCCUCUUACAUGAUAGCUGAUACUGGGUGUCAACGUCAGGUCGCGGGGAGUGUUUGGCAUCAGCAGAAGUGUAGCGAGAUUCUGCCUCUUGUGCCACUCCGCUUUGAAGAAGUUUGUCGAUUUUCUUUUGGUCCCACCAGUGGCAUGCCGAGCAAGGGACGGUUUCUCUACCCUGCUGGGAUUGCUGGGGAAGCGGUGAUGCUUGGAAUCAGCGAGGUCGAAGCUCCGGCGCCGGGACUACUCUCCAGGCGGACCAUGGAGGCGCUUGGGGCUGUUCCGGAUCUUUUGGAGGGUACUGUCUACUUCAAGGCCUUUGGCAAGUCAACAGACCUGUUUUUGAGUCCUUGCGGGCAUCUUGCGAUUAAGAUUGAUGAGUGGCCCAACCAUGCUUUCGACUGGCCCGGCAAGUACUCCACCAUGCAGUUCAGUGGACAGGGACCCCCCGAUGUGCUGCACGACAAAGCUUUUCCGCCCAGCAGAGAGUUCAUUUACACGACCCAGAUGGCGGUGCUGUACUACUCGGCGGCUACGCUUCGCCCGAAGUUGAAGGAUAUGGUGUUAAAGAUGUACAUGGAGCCCUGUUCGGCAGUGACAAUGAUGGGGACUCAAGCGGCGAUGGCGGCUUCCAGUGCUUUGCAGCUGAACCAUUACCGCAAGAGCCCGGCGAAGUGCGACCACACCUCUGGCACGGGCACUCGGACAUAUGCCGCCGGAGGCCAAAGGAUUCGCAUUUGCGACUCCUGCGGGAGCCGUUGGGUUCUCACGCUGAGUGGGGAAGCGCUGGAGGCCGUGCCCAAGGCCAAUCCAAGCGCGAAGACACCUCUGGGAUUGACCGAUGCCCAGAAAAAGAAGCUCGCAAAGGCCAAAGGAAAACCCAAGGACCAGAGCGAGGACAAAGGCGGCGCUUCGGACGGGUCGUGGCAGCGCUUGUCGGCAUCCUCGCGGGAGCCAUCACAGGCCAAAGCUGGACACUUGGGACUGACGCCGCCGCCUCCUCCGAGACCGAGCUGGGGUCCUCAGACUCAGAGUCCGAGCCUCUUCCGUAUGAAUGGGCAGAGAAUGCCACCUCGUCAAUGGCACUCGGGACGAUCGGCGGCAAGCUCGGACACCGACAUGAGCGUCGAGACAACCGGCCAAGGUCGACAGAGCCGGCAACCUCGCCUGUUCCAACGCCGCGAGGAGGAGAACCCCAACGAGGAGGAAGGCCCGGGCGGGCUCACGGCACAGGAGGUCGACGAGAUCCUCAUGAGUCAGGCCAACGACGUGAACCUCUGGGAGGAAAGGAUGGGUCGCGACGAUUGGGAUGUGGACGCUCGAGACGAGAUGCCGUCCGAGAUGAGACGUCAGUUCGAGGAGCGGGGAUCCGCCGAUGCUCCUCUAUGCUGCGAGGAUUUUGGUUGCUUUGUGCUGAAGGCGGGAGUGAGAAAGCGGUUGAGUGGUUCAGCCAAACUGGUGCUGCAAGCUUGGGAGACCGAGGCACAGGUCUAUGCAAACCGCGUCCAGUCAGCUAGGAAGCUUCGUGAGUACCGAGCUGACUUGAUCGAGAUCGACUGUGUGAGUGAGGACUUGUCUGAGAAGGCCCUGGAAGUCGGUCUGCGUGUGCUUGAGCCUGUGCAAGUCACGAGUGCUAGCCCAGUUUCUGUGAACCCUCGGACCUUGAAGAAGCUUGUCGGCCGGCAUAGACCGUUCCUCGUGGUUUGGAGGGUGAAUGCAAGGCCUCGCUCGAAAUCUGAGGAAGGACGAAUCCGUCAGGUUUGUCUUCUACUGCACGAGCUGCUCAGCGAUGGUGUUCACUUUCUACUACGAGCCUGCGAGGACGAGGUCUUUCUGUCCGGACUUGAGCUUCGUCAACUACAGGCCGCUCCAGGAGUUCGACUACAGAACCGGGACGGCGUGACGUACAUGACGAAUCUCCCGGAGCUCCUUGCCACGAUCUUCGCGAACCAAGUUGAGGCUCAACCGUUGAAGGAGGAGAUCCAGUUGAUCAAGGCUCUCCAAGAUGUUCUUCAUCAACGAGGAGAUGAACGAUGGAACCAAAACUGGCAAGUUUUCUCGGGUCUGCCGGGUGACGACGAGGCCUGGGUAUGCGACGUUCAUCAUGAUGAUCCCUGGGAGAACUUUGAUCUGCUGUGGGAACCACCCGGUGAACCUCAGACCUCCAGUGUGUUCUUCUUGGACAUCAGCCGUCAAGAGGAAUCGUGGAAGCCUCUUUUGCAAGAGGCUGAACAGAGGCUCAAGAACCUCGCGACCAAUGGGGUUACCUUGAAGCCUUCACCCUACCUCGAGCGUGUGAAAGCCUUGGUGCCCUGGAAAUUGCAAAGGGUGCAGAUCUUCCGUGCGCCCAAACAGCGCCGAUUGCCUGCUGAGGUAUCUCAAGAAGGCACUCAGCACCGGGGAGCCGCCCUUAUGCACAACGACGACACCAUCGUCUUUGAGGCCGAGAAGAUCAGCUCGAUCAUCCAAGCUCCGACCGGGAAGUUCACUAAGCCAGUCCGGAUCGCCAUCUUCUUCUACGGUGACGCUCCGGCUACAAGUAUGAACGACCAAGAGAACGAGUUGCCUGAGCAACCGAAGAAUCGGCCUGAGCCCCGCGAGGGAGAGCCUCAUGAGAAAAUGCAUGUCCACCAGCCGGGCUACCGCGACAUCACGUUCCCCGGAGUCGAUAUCCCCAGCUGGAUGCAGCAGGUACUUCGUCGCCUGCAUUGCAACCUCGGGCAUCCACCUAAGGAAACUCUGGUCCGACAUUUGGCAAUCGCCAAGGCUUCAGAAGCUGCUCUCAAAGGGGCCCGUCAUUUGCGAUGCGAGGUGUGCCUUCGUGUCAGCCCACCACAUCAACCACGAGUGUCAAAGGCCUUCCAGGCUCGGAGGUUCAAUGACAGGAUGUCCAUGGAUAUCAUCUACCUCAAGGACAUCCGAGGAGGCACCCAUAUGUUCCUCAACUGUGUGGACGAUGCGACGUGCUAUCAAGCAGCAUCAAGAUUGUUGUCGAGAUCAGAGGAGAAUGUGGUGUCGAACUUGGUGAAUGGUUGGUUCUGUUUCUUUGGGCCACCUGAUGAGUUGACCAUCGAUGCGGAAGGAGCCUUUCGCGGCAUGCGGUUCGAGUCGCUGCAUGCGCAGCUGAAUGUGGAUGUUCGGUGCAUCCCUCCGGACUCACACUGGCAACUUGGAAAAGCCGAACGCCAUGGCCAGGCGCUGCGAUACAAUGCCAGUCGUUUGAUCAAUCAGUUUGCUGCGCUCACUGUGGCCGAGGUCAACGUAUGUGUAGCCUCGGCAGUGCAAGCAAAGAACCGCCUUAUGAGAAGGAGUGGAUCCAGCCCCAAUCAGUGGGUGUUCGGCAAGGACCCUAAACUUCCUGGAGCCUUGCUCAGUGAUGGCGGGAGUAUUGAGAGUGCACAGCUCACCAGCGACUCGGAACGUCUCAUGCAGAUCGAGAGCAUUCGCGUGCAGGCCAUGAACAACCACCACGAGUUCGAGGCCAACCAGGCGCUGCGGUCGGCAUUGUUGCGGAAGAGCCGACCCUAUCGUGGUGAGUUCUACCCCGGGCAAAAGAUUGCUUACUUCCGCAAGCGAACUGCUGCUGGUGAUGGAGAAGGCACCGUCGAGGGUUACCGUCAGGGAAUUGUGGUGUCGCUGGAUCGCAACCCCAAUUCCAAUGUUGCAGCCAAUCUGUGGAUUCGCAACAGUCGAGGACGCCUCGUGCAGGCCUCACCCGAGCAGUGUAGGCCUGUCUUCGGUGAGGAAUGGUGGUCGCCCGACCCUGCGGACCUGGAGGUUCUUAGAAAGUUUGACAAGGAUGUGCAGUUGCAUCCGAGGGCUUUUCGGCAUUCUGACCAUCCAGGUCCCGCGGAUGACCGUCAAAUCGCUGAGGCUAUCGAUGCACAACUGCCUCCGCAACUGUCUGAGCCCUCGCAGGACGAGCCUUUGCAGCCGCAGGCCGGCACUCCUGUUGUGCCCGAGGAUGAUACCGAACAGGCGCCGCGACCUACUCCGCUGACUUUGGAUCCUGCUGGUCGCCCUGUGCUGGAGAACUCCGAGGACACGCGCGAGAUCGAGGAUGAGGGAGACUUUCAGCGUGCUGUUUCAGGUUCAGAUUUGACAAACUUACCCGGCGUAGAGCCAAUGUCCAAGAUCGUUGAGACCGUGUUCGCAAAUUAUCUUCAGCACCCAAUUCCUCAACGGGUCCUACGCCUCUUUCUGCUGAGCCGGAGUCUUCAUUUCUCCUUUAUUGUCAAGGAUGCGGUGAACAGUACCGCAAUUUUCCUGGCCGAUGCGGUCAAGGAGAGAGAGGCCUUCGAUAAGCUGCUGGGUGUUACCCGUGAUCAUGUAGAACCGGCCCCUUCGCUCAAAGAUCCUCAAGUCCAGGAUGUGAUCGAUGACUACCAGUCUCACGUCCCGGGCAUCUAUGUUCACGAAGCCUUCCUUACGGCUGCCUAUGUGUUCGGCAACGCCGACCAGGAGGAAGGUGUCUUUGCUCCCCAUGCUGAGCCACAUACAACGAGCAUUGCUAGCGAAACUACUACGUCCAAUUAUCCGACAACCUCCAAACCGCCCCCGCUGUCCGAGUCAUUGGCCGCAUUGCUGCUGAAGAGGGAGGACUUCUCUCAUGACUCAUGCCAUCAGCUACUGCAGACGGCCACUUACAAGCCGGUAGAUCGACAGUGCUUGUCGGCGAGCUCUGGCAAUGCUGGUUCCUUGACCUUGGGUUACUUCAGUCAUGGCCGGCAACAUGGCUUCACCAAGGCUACCGACAACAACCGCGCCCUGCUGAAGUACGUGAACGCCUACCUGAAGCACCACGGCCUCCAAGGCAAGACCAGCAGUGUGUUCAUUGGGCGAAACAUCCGGAGCCGCUACCACAAGGACGUCCACAACUCCAAGGGCGCUGCGAACUGGAGCAUAGCCUUGGGGAACCAUGUGGGAGGGCAUCUGUGGGUCGAGGCUGAAUAUGACUCGGCGAACUCCGGGGAAAUUGUCCGGCGCUCCGUGAAGGGCAAGAAGGUCUACGGCAAGUUCCACGACAACUACCAGAAGCUCGUCCAGUUCGACCCGGACAACUACCACGGCACGGAGGAGUAUGUGGGCGAGCGCUUCGUCAUCACGGCUUACCAGACCAGACUGGCUGACUUAGCUUCGGAGGACUCGCUCAAGAAGAUGCGCAAGCUGGGAUUCAAACAAGGCGGCAAGCACGUGACCUUCACCACGGCCACAACCGCAGACUUCACUCCAGACCUGCCCAAAGAAAUCCGCCCUCUCUGGGAGGUCUUCCCAGUGAAAGAGCAGUCCUCAGCUGGCCAAGAAGCGGAGAAAGUGAUUGCCAUGGAGUCCUCGUCCGACGAAGAGGGCUGCGACGGAAGUUCUGGCUUUGGUGCCAGGCGAGCCGCUCAACAGGCGAGGAAGAAAGAGGUGCAUUGGCAAUCCAUGACCGAGGACGAGAUUGAGCCGUUUGUCGAGGCGCUCCGCAAAGAAUGGUCAGAGUGGCAGAAGUGGGCCAGCUGCUCACCGGUGCAUGUGAAGGAAGGCGCCAUCGCCCCUCAUCUGGUUCUUCGAUCCAGAGUCUGUUAUCGCUGGAAGCCGGCAGCAUCUGGUUUCAAGGCAAAGGCGAGAGUGGUAGUCGCCGGAUUUCGCGACCCCCACUUACCGCUCCUGACUCGCGAUGCCCCGGUCUUGGCUCGUGCAUCACUGCACUUGCUUUUGCAAUGGGCGGCGACCUUUCGGGUCAAGUUAUGGAAUGCAGAUGCGAAGUCGGCCUUCCUCCAAGGAGACCCUGACUCCGAACGCCCUGAGCCGAUCUUCAUGAAGCCACCGGGUGACCCACUUGCGCUUCAAGCAGUACCAGAGUGGCGUGUGAAAACGUUGUUGUACAAGCUGUCGGCACCGGUCUAUGGGCAGUCCAAUGCACCGAGACAGUGGUACAAUCACUUUUCCAGGGUGCUUCGUGAACUCAGCUGGGAAUCCCACAGUUUGGACCCCUGCUUGUUUCUGUACCGGCACGACAAUAAGGUCGUGGCGCUUCUGGGCCUCCACGUGGACGACCUGCUGAGCUGCGCCUUGCCCGGCUACGAGGAGGUGCUAAACCGCGUCGAGUCCAAGUUCACCUGGGGAUCACCGUGGACCAGUGGCGACUUCACCUUUGUCGGCCGGCACAUCAAGCAAUGGCCGGAUGGAUCCAUAACGGUUGAUCAGGCUUCGUACGUCGAGGAAGUCCCCGCCACACGUGUGAAGUUGGACGAUGCUGAGUUACUCAGCCAGCACCCGGAGCUGGUGACAGAGUUCCGUUCGGGCAUCGGGUCGCUUCAAUGGCUGGCAUCAACCUCGAGAGGCGACAUCGCCAGUGAUGUGAGCCUACUGCAGAAACCUCCUACACAACUCACGGUGGCAGACCUGAAAGAGGUGAACGCAGUCUUGAGGUACGUCCGAGCUACUGCAUCCGCCUGCAUCAAGAUAACCCCGAUCGAUGUGGACCAGUUGAUCUUCGUUGCCUACGGUGAUUCUGGAUUCGCGAACGCCCCGGGGAACAAGUCUCAGGGCGGCUUGGUCAUUGUGGCGACGGACAGAGUGGCCAAAAACCAGGAGACCUCCGCCUCGCUGCUUGAGUGGAAGAGCUACCGUCACCAGCGAGUUUUGAGGAGUACUUUGGCGGCAGAAGCAGCGGCGCUGGAUCGUACACACGACCAUGCGCAUUUUCUCGCGAUGACCUUCAGCGAGAUGUGCGAUGCCACCUUCAUCUCCACCCUCAACGACCGGCCGCUCUUCGAGGUUAUCCCCGUGACUGAUGCUAGGUCGCUUUGGGACUCAGUUCACAGGCUCACCACCUCGUUUCAAGAGAAGCGGGUAGAGCUAGACGUAGCAGCGCUUCGACAGACCUGUAAAGGCCUUAGAUGGGUCCCGUCGGAACAACAGCUAGCAGACGCGCUCACCAAGCGCUCACGGGCUCUUCGUGACUCCUUCAGAGAAUGGAUGUCAAACCCAGUGGUCAAGCUCAAAGACAGCAAAACACCAGCUGAUCUGCUGGGGACCAGCGCUAAUGCAGCGUGGCGAUGA